AUGGCAGAGGCAGCCAGAGCUAAAGCCGCAGAGGUCCGCGACAAAAUCGCCAAUGCGGAUUACAGGGGAAUGGCUAAUCAGGCUGGAGAAACUCUCAAAAAUACUGCUGGGUGGGCCAAAGAAGAGGCUGGAGAGCUCCUGGAAGAUGUGAGUGAUAACGAGUACGUGCAAUCGGCUAAAAGAAAAGUGAGUGAGACAGGAGAAGAGCUAGCAGAUGGAGCCAGAGCUAAGGCCGGAGAAAUCAAAGACAAAAUCACUAAUACGGAUUACAAGGAAAUGCUCAAAGAAAAGUUAAGCCAAGUUGGAAAUAGUCUCAAAAGAGCUGCUGGAUGGGCUCAAGAAGAGGCUGGAGAACUAGUGGAAGAUGUGACUGAAAACGAAUAUGUGCAAGGGGCUAAGAGAAAAGUGAGCGAGACAGGAGAAGAGAUAGCAGAUUCAGCCAGAGCUAAGGCAGGUUCAGCCAGAGCUAAGGCCGGAGAAAUCAAAGACACAAUCACUAAUACGGAUUACAAGGAAAUGGCUAAAUCGAAGUUAGGCCAAGUUGGAAAUACUCUCAAAAGAGCUGCUGGAUGGGCUCAAGAUGAGGUAGAUACGAUUAUAGGACGCUACAGUUAUUCUCACUUCUGCGCUCUAGAUGGUACAUAA